AUGCGUCGGUUACGAUAUCACCUCGAAUUGCCGAUCCUUUUGCUCGCCGGAAGCGUUGCCCUCAUCACAGCUGGACCGUAUGUCGAUAGGAAGUCCAACCGUCCCGGCGGUCCAGAACUCUCCUUCGUCCAUACAUUCGAUACCCGAGAAACAUGUAUGGAUCGAUGUCGACAACAAUGUACACAACAGCAUUCUGAUGAUUUGAUGAUGCCUAGAUGGUUGUGUACGAUGCAGGAUGACCCCGGCACGAUGGUAUUCGAGACCGAGGAACCCGGCUUCUCCUUCUCCACCAACACGCUGCUCAUCUCCAUCCCGGCCGUCAUCUUCAUCUCGCUGUUCUUCCUCUUCGUCUGCGUUUCCUGUUUCCAGAAGUUUUUUCGAGGGUUC